AUGGUUGUUGCAAUAUACUCUAUUUUAGGAAUAUUUUCAGAAAUUUGUCUUAGAUGGAAAUCAUCAACAUUCACUUCUUCUUUACAAGUCGUUGUAGUAGCAGAUUCAAGUUUAUCAUUUUCCAUUGGCAUUUCUUCAUACAAGUCAUAUAUUUCUUUACAAAAGUUAACAAAAGUUUGCAUUUUAAAUUCAUUUUCAAAAUUAUUAUUAUUAUUGAAAUACAUUUAA